AUGGCAAGGACACGGCGCCUACACACGCGUCGCACCAAAGAAACCAAGACUAGGCUGCCAUUAUGGAAGCGGAUGCUUGCAGUCACAUGCCAUCUCUUCUCAGAAGCUGAGGAUGAGGUUGACGAGCUGAAUGCGCAGGCCAUGCUUGCACUCACAAUCAAGACCAAGCAGAAUCAGCCGCGUCAUGGCAGAUGGGGCAGAAGGGGUCCAUAUAAUGCUCCACAAGUAGAGGAAUUCUUCAAGUUGCUUUUAGAAGGGUUUAGCGAGAAACGAUUCAGGAUAUGGAUGCGAUGCUGCGAGGCGGGCAACAAUCAAACAGUGGAUGGAGGACAAGACCUUCCCUGGUUGUAUUGGGAUUGGAGAUGGAUCUCUUCUCAGGCUUGCUCAUUGGCCUCUGAGAAAUCCAUGGUCAUUCUGGUGUCGGAAAAAGUUCUAUGCACUACGAGCUUGACUGGCCAGGAUGUCUUACCGAUGCUACCAUAUUCAAGCAGUCCCGGCUAUGGCAACAUCGUGAAGAAUAUUGUGAGAACACAGAGUUCAUCAUGGUGGACAAAGCGCCUGUCUGCUAUAUGCAUCAAGAUCGAGCACACCUUUGGAUUACUGAAGGGCCAAUUUCAGUAUCUGCGUUUAAUCCCUGGCCACAACCUCCAGCGAGUCAACAGGACCAUUGAAGCACUUUUUGUCUCGCACAAUAUCCUGACAUCCAUUGGGGAUGAUCCCAUGAAGAUUGUGGGACUGCAAGAGGGAGAGGCACCUCGGGUAGCUCGCCACAUCAGCCGACUUCACCAGCGUGAGGUAGCAGAGGAGACAGAUAGCGACCUCUAUCGAUCUGGUCUCUUCCGGCACAAGCACCUUCUUGGUCUCAUGAAGAGGAGAUGA